AUGGAUCCUUUACUGGAUGAGAAUGUGGAUAAGAACAUUGGGUCAAGUGUCAUGUUAAAGAGUGGAAAAGAGUAUCUAGACAUCCUAAAGGAGGAAGGAACCCCUAGGUAUGCUCUUAUUUUGAAGCCUAAAAAUAUUCCUAAAGUGCCUAGUAGCAGUAAGGAAGAAGUUCCCAAGGAGGUGCAACAAUUGUUGGAUAGGUAUAAGAGUAUAAUGGUGGAGGAAAUGCCUAACACUUUGCCACCCAUUAGGGACAUAAGCCAUCAGUUUGACUUCAUACCAGGGUCUACAUUGCCAAACAAACCAUCCUAUAAGAUGAAUCCAUCUCAAAAUGAGGAGAUUGCCAAGCAAGUGCAAGAAUUAUUGGAUAAGGGGUUGGUGAGAAAGAAGAUCAAUCCUUAUGCUAUUCCAAUGGUCCCAACACCUAAAAAAGAUGGCAAAGAUUAUCUUGGCCAUGUUAUUUCACGUGAGGGUAUUGCAGUGGAUCCCUCUAAUAUCCAUGCUAUUGUGGAGUAUCUAGCACCCAUUAAUGUGGGUGAGGUUCAUAGUUUUAUGGACCUUAUAGGUUGUUAUUACCAGUUUGUUCAAGGAUUUUUGAAGAUUUCUCAUCCUAUCACUUCUCUUCAGAGGAAAGGGAGGAAUUCCUAUGUGGAUGGUCAUGUGAUAGCUUAUGAGUCACGUAAAAUCAAAGCUCAUGAGUUGAACUUUCCUACUCAUGAUUUAGAGUUAGUAAAAGUCAUGCAUGCUUUGGGCAAGGAGAAUGUGGUGGAAUAUGCUUUGAGCCUCAGGAGGCAUGAGGUUUCGGUGUUGACUCUCAAUGUGGAUUUAAGGAGUCGGAUUCUUAGUAUGCUUAAUUGA